GAUCAAACAUAUUACGUUAUGCAUGAUUCACUGAAUGACCUCGCACUUCAUGUUUCCAAUGGGGAAUGCUUCAGGGUUGACCAUGGCAGCGUUGGGGAGUUUCCUCAUUACAUUAGGCAUUUGUCUGUGUCUGCUGAACGACUGGGAGAUCUUGUGAACUAUGAUGGUCUCCGGAGAUUGCGUACAUUUAUGAUUCUGAAUGAUUCUUGGUUCUGCUCCAAAGUCUGUUCAAGUCAUGAGAUACUCAAUAAACUCAAGAGUGUGCGGGUACUUGAUGUAAGCGGAUGCUGCUUUGGAAGGUUUCCUGAAGCUGUCAAUGAUCUGAUGCACCUGCGUUAUCUAGCCAUUCGACGCACUUAUUACCCACUGCCUACAAAAAUCUCCAGACUCAAUCAUCUACAGUCCUUGUUUGUGUUGUAUCAUUCAUGUUACUCUGCGAGGAUAUCUUGCUCAAACAAGUGGAAACAGCUGAAAUUUUUAAGGAGGGAAGUCAACACUACUGGAGGUCAUUUCAGUCUUCCUGAAAGCAUUCGCAGGCUCAUUAACUUGGUGCAUGUUGAUGUAGAGAAGGCUUACACUCUCAUGUUAUCAGGUGUGUAUCAGCUUCCUUGUAUCGAGGGUUCUGGAGAAUUCCUUGUCGAUAAGAAGGAGCAAAGUUUGGUACAACUGAGGGAUCUGAACAAAAUUAGGGGAGAGCUUUCUGUUAGGUUUCUGGAGAAUGUAAAAAACAAGGAGGAGGCUGCAAAGUCUCAUCUAGACUUGAAGGAGCACAUCUCUAAGUUGGAGCUAGAAUGGGGAUCAUUUGAUGGUGCUCAUGAUAUGGACAAGGGCUUUGAGGUGCUUGAUGUAUUAAAGCCGCACCGCAAUCUUGAUGACCUAACUAUCAGUGGGUACCCAGGUGUCAAGUCUCCUUCUUGGCUGGAGUCUGAUUGGCUGAGAAGAUUGAAAUUGAUCUAUCUACGAGAUUGUAAUAGAUGGGAGGUCCUUCCACCUUUAGGGGAUCUCCCCUUACUCAGUACUCUUGAAGUGCGGCGAAUGGAAGAACUAAAAGCACUUAGCCAGGAGUUCUUUGGUCAUGCUGGAUUCCCUUCUCUGGAAAGAUUGCUUCUGGAACGCCUACCUAAAUUGGAGUGGUGUCUUGUGGACAAUGAUAAAGUGUUACAGAAUCUCAGACAUAUCUCUGUUGCUGGCUGUCCACGGCUCAGAUCAUAUCCUACCCAUCCUCGUACACUCAGACAUAUAGCUGUACUUGACAAGGAAAAUAUCAGUUUUAAGCUUCAGAUUGACAGUUUUGAACUAUCAAGGUCAUUUUGUCGCCUGGUAUCAAGCUCCUUCCAUGUCUUGCGCUCUCAUCACCUAGAGUCUAUAGAAGAUAUGGAGACCUAUGUUAACUGUUUGGUACACAUGCCCAUGAUAGUCUUUCACAAUAUGAAAUCACUCAAAAAGUUAAAAAUAUUUGGCAUUGAUGAGCAGAAUACUUGCUCAGUGAUUACCACACUGUUGGGUGAGAACGGAUGUCCUGUGCUUCCUUUGUCACUUAAAUGCCUUGCAUUAGAAAAGUGCUACCUGCAACCAUCCUCUUUCUCCAAGUUAUUGAAUAAUCUUUCAUCUCUUGAAACAAUAUGUCUAUCAAAAUGUGGCUCUCUUGAGAUACCGAGUCUACCGGUAAGUCUGCACCUAUUGAGGAUGCUGAAACGGUUGGACAUUUAUAUUUGUGAUUGGAUAUCAUCUUUUGAGGGGUCAGAAGCACUGUUGUCCCUUGAAGAGAUGAAGAUAACCCGUUGUUAUGAUCUGGAAUAUGUACCGUACUUAGAUGACAUGCCAUGUCUUCAGAAACUACAUUUGUCCGGGUGCCCUCAAGUUACGCGAUUGUCUAAAGCAGGCUACCAGACAACACUGAAAGAGCUGGUUAUAAUGUAUUGUGAUGGAUUAUCUUCUCUGCGACAGCUGUGUGACCUGGUUUCACUUGUGAAGCUGACGAUUACCAAUUGUUCUGAUUUAUUGUGGCUUCCUGAUAUGGAUGGCUUUUAUUCUCUCCGGGUUCUCUCCAUUGAUCAGUGCCCCCAGCUGAGGUCACUGCCACGGAGUGGUCUUCCUGUAUCACUUGAAACAUUUUUCCUGUCUAAAUGCCAUCAAGCACUGGAGGAGCAGUUUCAACGGAAGGAAGGUCCAGAUUGGAAUAAGUUUGCGGCCCUUCCAGGAUGCAAGUGGGAAGCUAGUAGGUGGUAAA